AUGGAGGCCCUGGCCAAGCAGAAGCUGGUGGAGUUGGAGUCGAAGAACCUCAGCGACUACAACCUGACGCAGGAGGACUUCGGUCUGAGCAACGUGACCCUCACUCUCCUGGACACCGUGCUCACGGAGAUGGGCAGCCUCCUUUCGCAGAUCAACGCCUCGCACCUCACGGACGAGCAGCUGCUCCUGGACCUCGCCGAGGGCUUUGUGCAGUGCAACACCGACCUGACGGCUCGGCAGGUGCAAAGCGACAACCUGAGCAGCCUGGUGAACGACGCCAGCGACUCCCACGACUUGUGCCGCAGCACCGAACAGAACUUGUCGGCGCAGAACGCCACCGCUUGGGCCGCCUACCUGGCCAAAGGCAGCGAAGCGCAGCCGCAGGAGGUCUUGGACUGCCUGCAGAACUUCGUGAACGGAUACAGCCCUCAGACGUCCGAUCACCUUCAGGCGAUCAUUGACUGCGCGUCCACCCUCCAGUCGUGGUCCACAACUUUCGGUGUGAACAUGACAGGCCUCCGGGACGCCUACUUUGGGAGCCUGCACGCCCUGAACAAUCACAGCGAAGACUGCCGGCUGAACCAGUCCACGCUGGAAAGCCACUUCUGCGAGUACCGGCAGCAGCUCGCGGACAGCUGCCUCGCGAUGGAUGAGUGCUACCAGAAUGUAAACCAGACCUUUCAUGAUCUCCUGGUCACCAUCGCCGCCUCUGACUCGCGCCGUGAGGCCUCCUUCAUCGCGGCCACGAAGGUGAUCUGCUACCUGAACGUCCUGAAGGCGAACCUCACGCAGCCCGCUGUGCAGGGCUGCCAGGACCUCGUGGUCGACACUACCGGCCUCGCUGUGGCUAUCCCCGUGCCCGCUACAAAGCAGGCCUGCGACACGUCGCCCGUUGCGGACUACCCCUGCAACACGACCUGGCAGCAGGAGGAGUACUACAGCAAGAGCUGGUACACGGGCGCCCCGCAGAUCCAGCCCGACACCUGCAUAUCCUGCGCUGUGUGGGGUGCACCGCCGACGACGACCACGACCACCACCCUGAAUGCGUGGAGCUCGCUGCUGGAUGGCAGUGGCCCAACCCCUCAGGGCCGAAUCAACUCGGCCAUGUGUGCAGGCAGUGGAGGCAAGGUCUAUCUGUUCGGUGGCUACAACCACAACAACAACCCCGAGGAUCUGGAUCGGAUGAAUGACGCUUGGGUUCUGGAUUUGUCCGUCCCCGGCUGGGCGGAGGUGAGCGUGACGCCAGGGACGGAGCCGGUGCGCCGGGAAGGACACAGCAUGGUCUGCACGGGGGACAGCCUGCUGGUCUUCGGAGGGCAAUCAAUGAGUGGGGGCGUGUUUCAGAGACACAAUGAUCUAUGGAAGCUCACAUUGGCAACCAGCACUUGGCAGCAGUUGACACAAACAAGUGGCACGCUGCCUCCUCCCAGGAGUGGACACUCGGCUGUCUGGAAUCCCGACACUCAGAGCAUGCUCGUGUACGCUGGAGCUGAUGGUAGUACUCGUCUCAGUGACCUUUGGAGCUACAGCUUGACCACCAACGUGUUCACCCAACUCACCCCUACCGGGGGUCCACUGGGUGAUAGGUGGGAGCAUGCGGCGCUUUGGAACCCAGUCGACAACACCAUGCUCAUCACCGCGGGCUUUCGCAUGAAUGUACCGGGCACACCGGGCACGCCGUUGGGCAACGACCUCUGGUCCUACGACCCGCAGGCCAACACCUGGACCGAGUUGAUCCCCCAGGGAAGCCCGAACGCGCCUUCAGCCCGGCGCGUGACCUCCCUCGUCUGGAACACGGCCGCGCAGGCGGCGCUCCUCUUCGCCGGCCACGACGGGCAGUUUCUCGACGACCUCUGGGAGUACAAGGCGGGCAACUGGACGCAGCUGGUGCCCGCGUCCAGUCCGCCGGCCCGGGGCUUUCACCUGGGCGCUUGGGCUUCCUCUCAGGUCAUGAUCGUCUUCGGCGGGUAUGACGGCUCGUCUUACUUGGUGGACACCUGGCAGUACACGCCCUAA